AUGCCAAAAACCAUCUCUUGCCCGCAUGCUGGGUGCGACUAUCUCUUCUCCAAGCCCGUCCAUCUGCGCCGCCAUCUCCUCUCGCAUUCCGACGCUGCAGUAUGGAGAUGCCCCGAUUGCGAUCAAGAAUUCAAACGUAUCGACAGUUUUCAACGCCACAAGAAGCGUAUCCAUCCAGAUCGCCCUACUCUAGCUGCUGUCAGAAUACGUGGUUCUGACAGCACCGCCGACCGCGAAGAUGACGAUUCCAAGUCAGAUGCAGAUGCCGAGGAGCAUAUCGGUCAUCUUAAAGUAGAUCCGCGCGAUACUCCCAUCGCUUCUCGUCCCUCCACUACCGCCGUCACCACCACAGCCGCAUCGCAAUCGCUUUCCGGUCCACCCAGCUCCACCUACUAUCGAUCGCAGCUCCACCACCACCCCUACUCUCGCAACGGUCAUACCUCUCAUUCCGUCUCAUCGUCAGCGCACCCACACUCGUCCACCAGCGACUCUACCAGCGUCUCCCACAGCCCGUGGCAAGCUCAGGUCGGCCAGCCGCCCUUGUACGAUACCUCCACUGCAACCUCGGCAGCCCCUUCUGCAGCCACCUCGUCCUCCUCGCUGCCCUUCCAUCCGAAUCUGUACGGCGGCGCAUCCACUGCUUACCACGACCAUGCGUCCGCUUCCUCUUCCUCAUCCUUCGCCCCCUCUGCUGGCUAUGAUGCUCAAGCCCCUUCCGCCGAACAGCCCGCGUCACUCUCGAUAGCCUCGCUCACCGCACCUUCGCCGUCCUGGGGGUCUAGCUCCAAUUCUGACCCAGAAGGUCAAAACUUCUUCGACGAUAUCUUACAGUCGAUUCUCAUGGAUUCCAUCUCGAGCUUUGUCCCGCACGAACCCAUGGCCCCUGUCGACUAUGCUGGCAUGGCGCCCAUAUCCAACGAUGGCUAUGCCUUUACAGAUCAAGUCUCCGCUAUGCAGCCACAACAUUCCGGUCAGCACAUGCAGCAACACGCCAUGCCCCAGCUAACUCCUUCGGCAGCUCUGCCCAGCCAACUCCAGCCUCAAUCGACCCAGCACCAAGACUCUGGUCAACCCUCGCAUCCGCUUCCCCAGCCACUGGCCAACCUCGUCCCUUUCGCGACCUUCACCGAGUCCGCACACAACUCUGGACGGUCGACGCCCGGUACGCCUCGCCACCCACCAGCUGGUGUUGCCAUGGAUGAUACCGACGAAAUGACCCGCUCGGUCGAAAAAGUGGGCGACCAGGCAGCGAGCAACAUUGGCGCGCGUACCCGCGAUCUCGUGCUGCACGGCGUCAACAUCCCCAAGAAGCCGCCACGCCUCACUGCCGCUUCGCUGUUCAGUGCUGCUACACGGCAUACGCGCUCCAUGUUACCAUCGCUACCUUCCUACUGGCUGCUCGACCAUCGUCGACUCGCCGCUGAACGUCCAUACGUGUUUACCGCGCUUCUCGCUCUCGGCACCCUCUGGCAGCCGCGCGAGGACGUCAAGGCCUACGGCGCCGAGCUAUGGCAGCUCAUCUUCCGAAGCAUCUGGGCCGGCGCUGUCUUCUACCUAGACCAGCCUCCACUCAUGCGCGAGGCAUGCGCCGUCAUGGGCUUCACGCAUCUGUACGCCUUCCUCUGUCGCGACGAGAGCAUCCGCCGCAAAUCGAUCCACAGCACCUAUACGGGCAGCUCGCUGUGUCGCGAGUAUGGCUGGCGCCAGGGCAUGUGGUUCCUCAGCGGUCCUUGGGAGGAGUCGCUGCAGUGUCUGCUGGGCCCUACGAUCCAGAUGGCGCUCGUCGAGCUCGAGGUGCUGGCCAGGGACCAGACGACCAACCAGCUGUCGGCAGAGCAAAAGACCCUGCUGGAGCGGCUGCAUGGCGUGUGGAAGCAGUGGUCGGAUGCCGAGGAGGUGACGCGCAUCCAGAUCUGCCACAGCAUUGUCGAAUCGCAUCACUCGGAGUUUCUUUCCAGCUUUGUCCAGAUGCGCAGCAUGUCUCGCAUCGCCUGCCAGGCGCUGGUCCCGUGCGCCGAUGAUGUGUGGGAUGCCAAAACGUCCCUCGAGUGGGCCAAACUUGUUCUGGAGCGCAAGGCGACCCGAGAAGCACACCAACGCCCGCUGCUGUCCGGAAAGAAGCAGCUGGGUCCCAUUCUGGAUGCAAUGUUUGGCAUCGACGCACCGUCUCCCGCUGCUUCCGCGAAAGGGGACGAUGCAAAACACGAAAACGAGGUGAAUCAAGAGCUGGAAAGCAUGCUCUGUUUUACAGUCAAGGAACACUUUGCCCUCUUGUCCCUGUUGGAAGGACUACAUCUCAUGUGGAUCUCUCGGCACACGCCACCUUUCCGCACGGGCACGUCGUACGCAGCGGAUUUCAGUCCCGCUCAGCCUGCGUUUGACAACGGGCUGGAGACGCUCUUUUGCAUCCGAGGCGGAGUGGCGUAUCACAAGCUCAACGUGCUGGACACCGAGAUCAUGUUGGCGGCGCUGUCGAGGUGGAUGCGGCUGUAUCAUCAGUCGUACUUGCCGAAUCCUGUAGAGAACUCGACGGGGUUCAGUCGACCUCUGAACGGCCUCCACAGUGUCGCGAAUCGCAAACCGAAUGGUGCACGCUUGCCCAACCUGGGACCGAGCAACGACCGCUUCAUGCUGCAUUUCAGGUUCCAUGUGAUUCAGCUGUCGGUACUGUUCAAUGCGCAUCACGUGGUGCAUGCGUUGGUAGCGACGUGCGAGGAUCAUGUCGAGACGAAUGGCAGUGGGGCGACCAGUGGUGCUCGAGGAGGUGCGGGCGCAGCACGGUCUGGGAUGCAGACGCCGAUUCCCCUGCGGUGCGAGAGCUGCGUCGACCCCGACACGUGCCCCUAUCGCAACACACGCAUGCAGCGCUGGGCGGCCGUACACGCCGGAGCGGUCAUCGGCAACUUUAUGAGCAUGCCGCGGCUCUCGAACCUCACCCCGACCAUCCUCGAAGGCCUCGGGCAAGCGUUUGGCUGCCUCGUAAUCCUCUGUCGACUGCAGCGCAGUGAGGCCCAACGACGACGUCCCGCAUGCAGGUGCGAUCCAGCGGUGCGCGAGACGUGCGUCGAGCUGAUCUCGGACCAGUGUCUGCAUCUGGACGCCGAGAGGCCGACGCCUGCUCAAGCCAGUGCGGCCGAGACGAUGAAGCGCACGUUUGCGACGGGUCACGAGUGUUGGCUGCAGCAUGGCACGCUCGAGGAGGGAGCCUUGUUGCUGGGCCAGCACAUCCAGGAUUGGGCGAUUGUUCUACAGGACAUGGGGAACGAGCUGAAGGGGGCAGCGGGGACGUGGCAGGCGGCCGAGGAGUUUUUGGCUGUAGCGCAGAAGAUGCUCAAUACCUUUACGUUUUACGUUGACUAG